AUGAGCACAACAUCCAUCGUCCUACCGGGCGACCAAGUCCCCUCAAACAUCCUUCCCUCAGCAACAUCAACGACUCCCUUACGACUUGGCCCAGGCCUCCGAUUAUUACAGCAACAGUCACAAAAUAGCAAGAACAAGACAUCUUCUCCCACAUCACACAUCAUCCAAUCCACACAAGCUGGCAUAAUAUCCAUAGACCAUAAUCGCAAAUCCGUCUCAGUCCAACCAUUUCCCAAUCGUCGCUAUAUCCCGACUGUUAAUGACUUGAUCAUUGCUCAGGUCCAGCGCUCGUCGCAGGAUUUUUUCCAUUGCAUAGUUACUCCACAUGCACCACUUGCAGUUUUGGGUCAGUUAGCCUUUGAGGGCGCAUCGAAGAAGACGAGGCCGAAUUUGAAGCAGGGCGACCUGGUAUAUGCGCGGGUGCUCUCUGUGGGUGUUGGUGCGGGGACAGAGGUCGAACUUACCUGUGUCAAUCCGGCCACAGGUAAAGCAGAACCCGGUGGUUUGGGGCUUUUGAGCGGUGGCAUGGUCUUUGACGUAUCUACAGGACUUGCUGCACGUUUGAUGAAAGCGAGUUCAUCUUCGUCUUCGGCAGAGGCUGCGUCUGUAGUUAUACCCGAGGAACUCGGGAAGAAGUUUGAGAGUAAAGGAGGGUUUGAGAUUGCUGUUGGAAGGAAUGGGAAGGUCUGGGUGGACUGUUCUGGGAGUGGUGAUAUUGCGAUCAAGAUUACUAUUGCAAUCGGGAGGUGUUUGACGGAAUUAGAUCAGCGGCAUUUGACUUCGAUAGAGCAGAGAAAUGCGGAGCGCGGGCACGUCUACGGCGGUCUCUCGUCGCGGGCUCAACUCAACUUCUCAAUAGACAACGCGGCUCAAUGGACCUUCAAACUCGAAUCUAGAAGAAAGACGCAGUCAUCUUCGUCUUCCCAAGUGCAACACGAAGAUACCAACCAACCUGCGACAGACCAAAUCAAUGAGAAUAUUUCUCCUCAACUCAAAAUUGAAAGCGACAUCUUAACACAAUCGCCAACACAGCCGACUAGCAACCAGCCACCCAAUCCUUUCCGUACACCCAAACGAAAGCGAAGAUUCUCCUUUGAAAUUUGCAUUCCCACCCCAGCAGAGUGCUCACAAAUGGCACGACCAUCCGACGUCCCAAUGUCAGAACCUAUGCGCCCCGCGAAAAGAAAGCGUCCCUCGGAUGAUCAAGUCACACCGUCCUCUCAGAGGGUAAAGCUCAAAGAUAGACUCAGCCUGGGCGACGGUGUUGGCGACGAAGGCAGUGUUGCUUCCACACAAGACUAUACUCCCAGUAAGCAAACUCCCAGUAGGAAGCGCAGAAGAGCGAGUACAAACGGUGCACCCCGCAGCUCUCAGGUGCGCCGCGAGGAGGACUAUGACGAAUCAACAUUCCGGCCUGGACAUGUCAAUGAGAACAACGACAAGAGAACCGGAUUCUUUAGCCCUGAAGAAGUCGAGACCCUAGAACAUUUCAAAGUCGAAUUCUGCAAUGAGCACAAAAUCAGCGCUGAAACAUUCGAUGCGUCUGUACAAAGUUCGCGCGUAUAUAAAAGCGGCAUCUUUGAGACUGAGGAGGUAAAUAUUACAUCUCACGAAUUCUGGCAGCAGAUCUACGAAUUGAUACCAGACCGCGACAAACGAUCUAUUUCCCGAUUUAUGCGCCGUCACUUUUCGACUGGGAGUACACCGCACCAAUGGACUGAGGCUGAUGAUGACGAACUCAAACGCCUCCAUGACAGGUAUGGAACUAAAUGGGCACGCAUCGCACGUGAGAUGGAGAGGACACAAGAUGACGUUCGACAACGAUGGAAGAAUAAAGUCGAGCACCGAUCUACCAUGAAAGAAGGACCCUGGGACGAAGAAGAAAUCGUCUUACUACUUGACACCAUUACCGAAACGCGCAAGAUUCAUUUAAAUCUGGAGAAGGAAAGUCUCGGCAGGGAUAUUUACGAGUUAGAUGAGGAUUACAUCAGCUGGGGUGCGGUUAGCGAUCGGUUUGCAAACACGCGUUCUCGUCAACAGUGUGCUGAUAAAUGGCGGAAAAUAAAACGGAAUGUGCAGAAGCGUCGUGCACUUGGGGAAGUGGAUGCGAUUUAUGUGCCUUCAGAUCCGCCGAGACCGGGGAGACGAGCGUUGCAGUUGCGGUCUUCUCAGAGUGAGACGUCGGAUAACGAAGCUGAGAAUGAGCGACGGCCUGCUAAGAAGCCGAAGCCUGCCCAAUCAUCAAAGCCAGCUUAUAAAAGCAAGGAAAUUGUAGAGUCGUCUGAUGAGGAGGAGGAAAAUGUCAAUGGAAAUGCACAACAGACGAAUGCAUCGAACGGAGACAAUGCAGAGGAAGCUGCCAAAGUGAAUGGCACGUCCAAGUCUCCUGCCAACGAGUUGGCCUAUGAGUCCUCUGAUUCAAGUUCAGACGACGACAGCGACGACGAAAACUCUUCCGAUGAGGAUAACAACAGUGCUCACGAAGGGAACGCCAAUGAAGAAGUUGACGGAACCAACAACACGAACGAACUACGAAAUGUUCAACAACCCAAUGAACCUUCAGACGACGAAUCAAUCAUCCCCGAAACCCAACCACAAUCCCGCGCAUCAUCUUCCCCGGUUCAAGAAGCACAAACAAACGGACAUGCAGACAAACCAUCGCCGGAACUCGGCGACGACAAUCGCGUAGUCAAUGAAUCCGAAGCCGAAGAUGGUGAACAAGUCGACUCUAAGGUCGCAUCACUAAAUGUUAAGAAGGAAAUCAAAUCCGAUUCUGAGAGUGGUAGUGACAGCGAAAGCGAAAUUGACAGUGACGAUGAAUCGGAGAGUGGUUCAUCAGAUGAAGAGAGCGGCAGCGAAGAAAGUGGCAGCGCAGAAAGCGGCAGCGCAGAAAGCGGCGAUGACGAGAGCGGCCAGGAAAGUGGCGAAGAGGAAGAAGAUUCAGAAGGAAUCGAAAAGAAAAUCUCCAAGAGAGAACCUAGUGAUGAUGUUGAGUGA